CGCGCUUUUGUGUAGAUGUGAAGUUUGCCGCUCUGUCUCUUGGCGCCAGAUAUUUGUUAGUACGGUGGCAUCAGAGACUUCAUUUUUUUCCCUUUAAUUUACAUAAUGGCUCUUGUGAACAUAUGCAAUGUAACAGUUUUAAACAAUCCAUCUCCUUUUUUAAGGCCGUUUCAGUUUGAAAUUACCUUUGAGUGCGCAGAAGAUCUUCCUCAGGAUCUGGAAUGGAAAAUCAUUUAUGUCGGAUCUGCUGAAAGUAUGGAGUGUGAUCAAAUUCUAGACACAAUUCUGGUAGGACCAGUCCCAGGGGGCAGUCACAUGUUCAUGUUUGAGGCAGGACCACCAGAUACAAGCAGUAUCCCUGUGGCAGAUGUAUUAGGUGUGACAGUUGUUCUUUUGACCUGCUCCUAUCAGGGGCAAGAAUUCAUACGUGUUGGGUAUUUCGUCAAUAAUGAAUAUGAAGAUCCAGAAUUUAAGGAAAAUCCUCCAGCAGUCCCUUUGUUUGACAAGAUUACAAGAAAUAUUCUGGCUGAGAAACCUAGAGUUACUCGCUUUAACAUUCAGUGGCACAGUGAGCAAGUUCAACAACAGCAGCAGCAGAGCCAUGACAUGGAGGAUUUCAAUGACCUUGAGAACAUUGAGCCUGGCAUGAACACAGAAUCUGUGUCCAACCUUAUGGAGAACUCGCUUGCAAUGCCAGUCUUAGGUUCAAAGACUGAGGAGAGUGUUGACAGUUUGGAAAAGAUGUGUUCGUUUGUGCCAGAGUGAAGUCUUCUUUUGGAAAAAAAGAACCGUGAAGACUGAUGUGUUUAUGUAGAAGUGAUUAUGAAGUGCAGAUGAGCUUUGUAUGCUCUCAACAAAUGGGAGAAACUGCAAUGUCACCGUUCGUCUUUGGACUUGUUUGCAUUUCUUGAUUUCAGCAAAAACAGAUUUUCAUAAAAUAAUAAUUUUGUUUGUACAGACAUUAAAUUAUCAAACACAUUAUACCAGUAUCGAACUUGUAUGCUGGUGAGACACUUGUUUGAAGUUACACUACUGUGAACAUUUAUUUUGCUUACAAAGGAAUAUUCACAUUUCUGCAUGCACAGUUUGAAAUUGAUCCAAGUGCCCCAUUAACAGGGUUUAUACAAAUACCUUGUUACCAUAUUCCCCUUCACUGUGUCAAAGUAUUGUUUUUAUAGCAGCAUGUUCUUGGACUACUUGUGCUGAUCUUUUCAUUGAACCAUCUUAAUUUCUGUGUGAUGAGACUUUUCUGUGCUCUUAAAAUGUAACAUGCAUGAGCAUUGUUUCUCUAGGUAUGUUUGCUGUCCUAAUUAGGUCAAAUUCCUAGUGACAGAAACAUACUGUGUUGGUUUCUCACUGUCUAAAUAAGAAAGUUUUUCUGGAUCUCAGGAUCUGAGCAAUUUUACUCCUAAAUUUGUGUUUGAAAUCAAAAGCAAAAUAUUAAGAUAAUAAUUUUUAGAUAACUUGCUGAGAAAACUUGGCAGCAACUAAACCAUGCAUAUUUUGAGAGCUCCAUGUAUCAUCAUUAAUGUAUUUAAGAAAAAAAAAUUGUCUGAAUGCAUGAUGAUUGAGUUUUAACAUUUUGUUGUACUGUGUAAAUGGUCUAAAAGGGUUUAUCAUUUGCAACGCAUUUCUAUUCUUCCAUUCUCCCAUUUGUUAUCUGUGGCAGGGCAUUGUGUCUGCAUUCAGCUGAAGUCCAUUGUGUCCUUGACUCAGACCUAAGCCAAAAUUUCACUUAAAAGGUGCAAAUGCUGUGUUGUCUUCUCCUCAGCCCCAGUUCACUAAACACUUGGAUUAAUGUGGGCGAUUAUAACGAAUGAAUUUUUUCAUAGUUUAUGUAUGAAAUUGUGACUAGUAAGCAUAGAAAUUGUAGUUGUAGGUAAUAUUUGUCUUUAUAGGAAAUAAUAUUUCUAUGAAGAUAUAUACACAUUUGGGGUCCCUCCUCUCACUGUGCAUGCAACAUGUCAUACCAGCAAAACAUUUGAAACUGUAUUAGGAUGUUCCUUUUAAAAAAAAGAACUUUAUGUUUUGGUCUUAUUAUUUUUAAGGCAUAUAUUUAUCUUCCAAACCAUUCUAAUUCAGUUACUUAACCGAGGAGUGGGAAACUGUUUUUUCCUUCAAGAGCCAUUGUGAUAUUUAUAACAUCAUUCGUGGGUUGUACAAAAUUAUCUACUCAAAAAUGAGCAUGCUUUAUUUGGUCAAGCAGUAACUUCACCACAGUGUGUUAACAUUUUUGAAAUGUGUACAAUCCCAGCCUGCCUGGCACUGCUGUCCUUAAAGUUUCGUAAUUAUGAAAAGUAUGCUCUGCCAUUAUAAAAAGCAUAGUGAAAUACCUGUUUGGAGUCUGUAAAAUAUAGGUUAAUGAUUAAAAAAUUCCCAGAGGAGACAGUAUA